UCUCAUUGUACGUUCCCGCCAUGGCGUAUGGCGGCCAGGGCCAGAAGGUGCAGAAGGUGAUGGUGCAACCCAUCAACCUCAUCUUCAGGUAUCUCCAAAACCGGUCCCGAAUCCAAGUGUGGCUAUUUGAGCAAGUAAAUGUGCGAAUAGAGGGCUGCAUAAUUGGUUUCGAUGAGUAUAUGAAUAUUGUAUUGGAUGAUGCAGAGGAGAUUCACUCUAAAUCAAAGUCAAGGAAACAACUUGGUCGGAUCAUGCUAAAAGGAGACAACAUCACUCUGCUACAAAGUGUCUCUAAUUAGAAGUCUGUGGUCAAUUAGAGGAUAUGCAGGAAUUG